AACUGAGACGGUAUCUCGCGGCGGUAUCAGCGGAAGAAAGUAGAGUUCAUACCUGGGAUAAUAGGUGAUUGUUUCCGAAGAUAACUGACCCGAAAUCUGCGUUGCACUAUGCGCAAAUCGCCGGGCAGCCUGGUCUCGGAGGCCUUCUCCAGCUCCAACUCCUCGCUGAGCAACUCGUACAGCGACGCCAGCGACCUGGCCAACUGGGAGGAGUACGUGGCCGCCGACGGGAGUCUCUUCUACAUGGAGUAUGUGAGAAAUGAGAAGACGGGCGGCUCGGCAGAGCGGCGGGUGGAGUUCAUGCGCCGAUCGCUGCGCCUGGGAAAGAAAUCGUCGCGUCGCCAGCCGCACAGCAGCGGCAAUCAGAUUCAGAGUCAGAGUCAGAAUCAGAAUCAGAGCCAGAACCAAAACCAGUCCCACGGCCCGAGCCAGUUGGAUUCCCAGACGGAGCCGCAAGAGUUCCGAUUCUCACAGUUCAAGACGGCUGCCCCCGAUCCCAAGAAACUGGAGCUGGUCAUUACCGCCGCCGAUCGCUUUCGUUUCGGGCGACGAUCCACAGCGGUGGAGUCGAUCCUGGGCUUCCGGGUGCUGCCCUUUCCGGACCAGCCGGAAUGCCUGAUGGUCGAUGGAUUUGUCCACGAUCUGAGUGCCCUGCAGCACGGGAUUAAGCGGGGAGAUUGGUUCAGGUCCCUGAAUGGCAUUGAGUUGUAUGCCAGCAAUGUGGACGAGUUGCUGCAGCAGUUUGUGGAGCCCACUCAGGUGUGUCUGGGAUUCCAGUCGUGCGGUGCGGCCAGCGCGGUUUCCCCCGCGGAUCCUGCCUACAAGGAAAACUUGCCGGAGGAGCAGGUGUGCAAGGUGGAAAACUUUGCCAUGUUCACGGAGAAGUUCGAGCAAAUGUUGAUAGCCGAGGGGAAUUCCGGGAGUUCCCCGGAUAUAACGCUGCCCUUUGCCAUGUUGCUCCUGCCACCGGAGUGCUAUCAGCAUGAACAACAACAGGACUCGCUGUACUACUUCCCGGAGACCCCGGAAAACUUCCUGUUUAAGGCCCGAGGAAGCUUCCUUACUCUCCACGCCGUGCUCAGUGAGUUGCACACUCAACCGCUGAGUUCGCGACUCCUGGUGGACCAGGUGCAGUACCAUGUCAACUACCGGAGACUCAAUGGCUUCCUGGUGCUGUUCGCCUACGCCGGCGGACUCUGCAGUGCGGCGGAGUGCAGCCUGCGAUCGGAUGAGCUGAUAGGCUAUAUACGCUUCUCCCUGCCCGGGUUGGUCCUGGAGAGCUUUAAUCAGGAGGCUGGGUCGGGAAGCAGUUCGGGUCUGAAGUUGUUUUUGCGGCACUUUUGUGAAAUUCAAAGGACCCGCCUCCUGGCCAGAUGUCGGGGACCCAUCCGGUUCGAGGAGCUCUUGGGGCAAUCGCGAAGUUUGCCGCUGCCCAAGGAAGCCCAGUUGCGCAUCUUCGAUGCCCUGAGCGAAAUGGAGGCCAUGGACUAUCGCAACUGGAACGAUGAGCCACUGACCACACAUCGCGAGUUCUUCAUUUACGGGAGUGCCCUGUACUUCGAUGGUUUCCUGGUGGCCAGUCUGCUCCCGCCGGAGGUGAGGGUCAGUGUGGAGGGUUUCUUGCGCUGUCGCGGAAUCUUCGAGUUGCUAGGAGCUGCUCCGGGGAUCAGAGUGCGCGAGAUGUACGUUUGGGAGGAGAUUGUCUUGCCCAGCGCCACAGGACGCUAUUUUCUCACCAUCUGCACGCGGAAUCACCUGAGCUUGGCGGUCAUCCUGAAGAUCUUCGAUGCUCCGGACAUGGCUCCGGAUGCGGUGGUGGGUCCAUCACUUUUCUACAUCGAGGAGAUACAGGAGACCCUGGAUCACCUGGUGCAGUGUGGCAUCGAGUCGCUGGCCAUGUUCUGGUCCGUAUCCAACAAGAGACCCGAAGUGCUGGAAGCCACUGCUGCGGAAAACAGGGAUCAGGAAAAGGAGCCCAACAGCCGGCUAGAGUCCUUCCUCAAACAGAAGCUCACCGUUCUGAGUCCUUCGGUGGAGGAAGAGGCCCAACUGUGCUCGUCCCUGGGUGGAUCCUCCAUACACAGCCUGACCCCCAGCGAGGAUGACUCCUCCCGCCGAAGAUUAACCCCCAUCCAUGGCGCUGGCGAGGAUUCGGAUAGCGGUUCCGAUUGGGAAAACUUUGCCGUUCAGCACCCACUGCACUAUGGACUGAAUCUGGGUGCCGAGAGCCACAAUCAAAGCCAGAUGACGGAGUCCAUGUGGAAGGAGAUCAACAACGUGGUGCCGGUGAAGAUCUCCGCCGGGUGGAAGAAUUCCGUGCUGCACUACGUCUACAUUGACAUAGCAAAUGGGUCGCUCUUUGCUCCAUUUAACGAUAGUUCGGAGAGUUUCUCCUUCCUGUCGGAGAUCCGUCAGGCAUGUCACAUAAUCCACGCCGUCCUGGAGAAAUCGAAGCACUAUCGAAGGCAGCUCACGGAAUCCACGAGAGCACAGUCGAGUUCCAAUGGCCACAGCAGUCAUGCCCUGUCGCUGGUCAAGGAGCACGGCCUGACCCUGGAGGCUAGCUCGCAAGCCAAGCCGGAGGGACAAACCCAAUCCGUGAGGAGCAGUCGCUUCGUGGUGGUUGGUCGCUUGUUCCAGUCGCCCGCAAAGGAGGUCUACGUCUGCCACCGCUCCGAUGUUCCCCAAAACAUUGUUGAAAUGGCCUUCCGAUUGUCCUUCUUCUCCAUGGGAUAGAGGUUUAGUUUUGUGUUGCUUUUUUAUGUUGGCAUUCCCAAAUAUUAAUUUAUUUUAAUUCCUUGAGAAAGUCCUGGAAUUUAAAAAGCAUUUUUUAUGUUGGCAUUCCCAAAUAUUAAUUUAUUUUAAUUCCUUGAGAAAGUCCUGGAAUUUAAAAAGCAUUUAAAUUUUUUUCGAACUUAAUUCAAUGAAUCCAUAUUCAAACUGGAGCUUUAAUUGCAAAGGAAUCAGCACACAUAUUUAACUAUUAAUAUUUUUAAAUUAAUUUAUAAAUUAUUAAUAUUCUUGCCUAAUUAAAAUGGAUGUUUUAUAUAAGGCCUAUAAACUUGUAUUCAUCUACUUGGGAACCAAUUCCAAAAUCCGUUAAGAACAACAAAAAAUACAAUUUUUUGUUUAAGCCACAUUUAAACUCGGAAAACAAUUUAAUAAAUAAAUGUCAUUAUUAAAUAUGCCUUUUCUAUUUUCUUUCCCUUUAAAAUAACCUAACUGAAAUUCUAAAGCCGCAAGCUAAAACUCUUACA